AUGGCCGCCACGAGCUCGAUCGCUUUCCCAACCUCAGAAUCCACUCAGGAAUCCUCAAAACUGGUCUCAACUCGACCGCCUCCACCCCGACCACCCCACCUACCUUUUCGAAGAAUAUCCUUACCAACACCACCAUCAUUGGUGCACCGAGAAUCAGUUGUUUCUGUCGCAUCAUUCGAUUCAUUACCAGAGGAAGGUCCAUCCUCGGCCUCAUCAUCAGUAACCUCGUUUCAACCUGAAAAGGCUGUAAUGAGGAACAUGACUUCAAAUAAUAGCUUGGCUAGUGCAGGCGGAGGACAGUACAAACGACCAACGAAACGUUCUAUGUCGGCGAACAGAAAGAGCCAUUACAAUGGUUAUAUCAGUCGGGUCACUGGAGAUGAAGCUACAGAAGUGAAGCGUAGGAAAGUGAUUACCGAGCUCUUUGAAACGGAACGAGCGUAUGUUGAUGGACUGGAACUUAUUUACUCGCAUUUUCUGACUCCCAUAAUCGCCUCUCUGGACACACCAGCACCACUACUGGAUCGCUCAGUGAUGACAGCCGUGUUCAGCAACUUCAUAGACAUAUGGAACCUCCACCGGUCAUUCUUCUCUGCUUUAACGUCUCUCUUAUUUCGCCAUAACACUCUGGAAAGCUCGCUACCGACCUCAGCUAUGCUAGAAAUACCUUCCGACUCCAUGACAACAUCGAUACCCCUCAGUCCCCUGCUGCUUUCCCAUUUUCCCUAUCUGUCGCUAUACACACCUUUCAUCACGUCAUUCUCAACAACGCUUUCAACUCUGUCCGCCCUUAUUACACCACCCUCCCAGACAUCCAAUGCUUCCAAUAUGGAGUAUAAUCCGCGUUUCGCAGCGUUCGUGAAAAAACAGGAAGCCGAUCCCCGUUGUGGGAAACUUAAGUUAGGCGACUGGCUUUUAACUAUAGUGCAAAGAUGUCCGAGGUACCUGCUACUGCUCAAGGAUCUGAUCAAUUGUACGAGUCCAGACAACCCAGAGAGGAAGCAGCUAGAGAAUGUUCGGACGUUGGUUGCGAAGAUAACAAUCUCUCUCAAUACUUCAUUGCAAACACACGCACAGACACUCUCGUUACUCGUUCUGCAACGGGCAACUCCGAAUUUACCAUUCCAACUCAUAUCUCCAGGAAGAACUCUACUCAAACGCGGGCCCCUAAUACAGGUUGAACGUUCUUCACCCCCACACGAGCGCGAAUUCCUACUCUUCUCUGACUGUCUUAUAUGGCUCGUACGGGAGGAAGACGAACGCACUGAGAAAGGUGAAAAAGUUUGGGGCGCCAUAGCUGGUCUCGGUGGAUUGCUCAGCAGCGGGGAGAAAGCGGACAAAAAUGGAUGGGCAUCGAAAAAUGGCAGCCGAACAAGUUUUGGUAACGGGAGUAAAACGAAUCUCGCGGAAUCGCCGACGAGCCAGACUCCUCCCUGUACUGCAUCUGCGCUUCCUGCCCAUUUGAAGAGACCCGCUAUGGUUCGAACGAGGAGUAAAAGUGAUGCAGAGGUUACUGUAUUGCAGGCACGGGCUGCAAUAUCGGAUACUUCGCCUUUGGCCGAAGAAAGCGAUGGGUCGCAGUCAUCGACGAUUCUUAGUACAAGACCUGAAUUGAAGGAUAAGUCAUACAGUGAACCUCAAGUACCUCUUUUGGAACCGUCGCUUGCACAGCCGAAGAGAAGAUCUUUUGCCGCUCCUGAGCAACGACUUAGAACGAAAUCAUCGGCCCCGCUACCUCGCCUGAACAAACUGAAGAGACAUGCUUCAUCCGCUGAUGAUGGGUCUGGGUCUGCGAAAGAGCGAUGGGUGUUUAAAGGCAAAGCAGAACUUGUCGAUCUUGAGGUCGUUGUACCUGUCAAAGUCCGGCGAAGACCGAGUAGCGUAGGGGAUGAGGUCAUACGAGACCCAGAUGAGGAGGAGGAUGUGAGCGAGAGGAAAUGGGAGGUCUUGAGUCCGGAAGGAAGUUUCGUGUUGUAUACUGAUACAGAGCAAGAUCGAGACGAAUGGAUAUCCCAGAUUCGGCACGCCAAAGCACAACUUUUAGUCUCGUUAAAUAUCACGCACCCCAAUUCUACGCUGACCUCUUCUUCAUCGACCAAUCAUCUCCGAAAAACUCUCCAAGCGCUACCGUUCUUACCUGACGACGAAAAGGAAUCCAAGAAGAAGAAUGGUGAACGAAGGAGCAGGGUGGAGCAUUGGGUUCCUGCAAUAUGGAUACCGGACGAAAAAGCGGAGGGCUGUAUGCGGUGUGGUAGAGCGUUUGGGUGGAGGAGAAGACGACACCAUUGUAGACUUUGUGGGAGAUGUGUCUGUGCAGGGUGUUCUGAGAGGACGUUCUUCAUCUCAGACCCACGAGAUCCUGCAAACAACAGCAAACCUGCAAGGGCUUGUAAUGCAUGCUACGAAACCGUUUUUCCCGUUUUGGAUCCGAUACGAGAUGACGAUGAAGAGCCUACCACGCAAGAGGAUCAAACUGACCCGAAUUUCCCGUCAUGGUUGUCGAUGCCUUCCCUACCACUCAGUUCAUUUCUACCGGGCUCUUCGUCAAACACUGAAUCGAGUGAUAUCAAGGAGAGGCCGAGAAGUAGGGAUUUGGAUACUGUUGACGAGGGACAACUAGUAUACGAACUGGAUUCAGAUGAAGAAGAUAGAGGCAGGAGGAAAGUCCAGGUUGUGAAAUCCCCUAGCUCAUCGCACACGAGACCGAGGAGUUAUCACCAGAUCCUAGAAGAUUUCUUAGUCGCCGAGCAAGGCAAGAAGCUCGAUGCCAGUGGUGAGAGAGGUGAGGUGGCUUUGGGGGGCGGGGAUGAUUUGCCACCCCAUACAGCGAAUGGUUCACCCAGUCCUGGCCCUAAGUUGAAGAGGGAAGUUUCCUUUGCACCUUCACUCGCGCCGUCCGUGGCAUCUCACAAACGGCACACGGUCAUUCACCUUCCAGCAUCGGAAGGUAGCCAGAUGUUACUUGGAGAAACGGGUGGAAGGAAAGAGGAUACAGCCAGGCGGAACAAACGGUUUUCUAUGCCUGCAGUCGCGUUACAGGCUACCAGUGUUACGACGCGAACUGCGGUGAAGAAUCAUGAUAACGCUCCUGUGGAGGGUAUGGUUCCCUCCACUACAGGUCCAGUAGGUGUACCCAGUGGAGCUGGAGCAUCGAUGUUGGGCAAUCCUCUUAGCUUCAAUGUCUCCGACGACGGCGAAAGAAGUGUCGGAGGUCUUCCAGCUCCUCGAACGAGAACGAAAAGUUCCGGAUCGUUGUUUGGGAAGAUACGUCACCAACAUUAUCAUCACAACCAUGGAACCACUCAACAUCAACAUCAUCACCAUGUUCUCGGUAGCUCCGACUUCGCGUUUGGAAGUAAGCUGAAGAAGAGUCUGAAACGCGAUAAGGGUGCCACUAUUGAAGAAGAAAGGGAUAUGGAGGAUAUGCUUGAGGGUCAGAUCUCCCCGCCUUCGUCUCCGACCUCUGCGAAGCAUGAUUUAGGGAAGAGCGUUGCUGCGGGGAAGUUGAGUGAAUUGCUGUUGAGGAAGAAGACGAAGAUUCUUGGAUAA